AUGGUUACCAAGAUCGGUAUCAACGGAUUCGGCCGUAUUGGACGCAUUGUCCUGCGCCACGCUUUCGAGCACGGCGAGGCUGAUGUCGUCGCUGUCAACGACCCUUUCAUUGAGACCCACUACGCUGCAUACAUGCUCAAGUACGACUCGUCCCACGGUCUCUUCAAGGGCACCAUCGAGCACGAGGGCGACGAGCUCAUCAUCAACGGCAAGAGGGUCAAGUUCUACCAGGAGAGAGACCCCGCCAGCAUCCCCUGGGGCGCCAGCGGUGCCGACUACGUCAUCGAGUCCACCGGUGUCUUCACCACCGUCGACAAGGCCUCGGCUCACUUGAAGGGCGGUGCCAAGAAGGUCAUCAUCUCUGCUCCUUCUGCUGAUGCUCCUAUGUUCGUCAUGGGUGUCAACAACGAAUCCUACACCAGCGACCUCAAUGUCAUCUCCAACGCUUCCUGCACCACCAACGGUCUUGCUCCCCUUGCCAAGAUCAUCCACGACGAGUUCGGCCUCAUCGAGGGUCUCAUGACCACUGUCCACUCCUACACUGCCACCCAGAAGACCGUCGACGGUCCCUCCGGCAAGGACUGGCGUGGUGGCCGUGCUGCUGCCCAGAACAUCAUCCCCAGCAGCACCGGUGCCGCCAAGGCUGUCGGCAAGGUCAUCCCCUCCCUCAACGGCAAGCUUACCGGUCUGUCGCUGCGUGUCCCUACCUCCAACGUCUCCGUGGUCGACUUGACCUGCCGCAUCGAGAAGCCCGCUUCCUACGAGGAGAUCAAGGCUGCUAUCAAGAAGCACUCCGAGGGUGAACUCAAGGGAAUCAUGGGCUACACCGAGGACGAGGUUGUCUCCACUGACAUUCUCGGUAACAAUGCCAGCUCGGUCUUUGACGCCAAGGCCGGUAUGUCGCUGAACUCCAACUUUGUCAAGCUCAUCAGCUGGUACGACAACGAGUGGGGCUACUCCCGCCGUGUCCUUGACCUUGUCCUCUACACCGCCAAGGUCGACGGUAACGCCUAG